UUAUUUUUCAUGUGAAUGUUGCUGACGAGACGCGGAUGAAAUCCAGCGACUCAUUAAGUGUUGAAAUGGCUGCAGUCAGUGAGUGUGGUCGACGGUCUGCUCAGUGGACAGCCGUUAUAUUCACCGUGGUGCUGUUCCUACCGUCUGCCACGGCGCUUAUCGACGGACUGUACUGCGGCACCGAGAUCUGUUACGAUGUCCUCGGUGUACCGAGGGACGCGGUGAAGGCGGACAUCGCCCGGUCUUACAGACAGCUCGCCAGAAAGUAUCACCCGGACAGAUUCUCAAGUCUUGCAGGCGAGACAAGAGAAAGUGCACAUCAGAAAUUUCUGCUCGUUGCUACUGCAUAUGAAACUCUGAAGGAUGAGGACUCCCGUAGAGAUUAUGACUACAUGCUGGACAACCCUGAAGAGUACUACAGCCACUACUACACCUACUACAGGAGACGACUGGCACCUAAAGUGGACGUACGGAUUGUCAUUCUGGUCACUGUGGUUGCUAUAUCCAUUUUCCAGUACUACAGUUGGUGGGCCAGCUACGCUGAAGCCAUCGCCUACCUAUCAACGGUCCCCCGGUACCGUAUCCAGGCCACAGAGAUAGCCAAGCAGCUGGGUCUCCUGAACAAGACAAAAGAGAAGGGCAAGAACCGACGGUCCAAAGAGGAGAUCCGGGAACAGGAAGAAGAGAUCAUCCGUGACAUCAUCAAGAACAAGAUUGACAUUAAGGGAGGCUACCAGAAGCCUAAAAUCUUGGACAUACUACUCUGUAAGAUUGUUCUGUUCCCUUACUUCCUGUGUGCCUAUGUGGUCUGGUACUGUAAGUGGACCUACCGGUUCACCAUCUGCAGAGAGGAGUACGGAGACCAGGAGAAGCUGUACAUCAUCAGGAAGAACAUGAAGAUGUCUCAGUCUCAGUUUGACAGUCUGGAGGAGGAGCAGAGAGACACCUUACUGGAGAGGCAACUCUGGAUCAAAUACAACUAUGAGGUGUACAAGGAAGAACAGGAGGAAGAGAUGAAGACGAAGAUGGCCCUGGAUCCCAGGUGGAAGAGGUACCGACGGUGGAUGAAGAAUGAAGGACCUGGACGGCUCACUUUUAUUGACGAUUGACAACAUGCCGAUCAAUAAUCACACCUGACUUGUGGCAAUAUAUACAGAUACACACUGUGUUAUACAGAUACACACUGUGUUAUACAGAUACACACUGUGUUAUACAGAUACACACUGUGUUAUACAGAUACACACUGUGUUAUACAGAUACACACUGUGUUAUACAGAUACACACUGUGUUAUACAGAUACACACUGUGUUAUACAGAUACAGUGCAUUCGGAAAGUAUUCAGACCCCUUGACUUUUUCCACAUUUUGUUACGUUACAGCCUUAUUCUAAAAUGGAUGGAAAAAAUGAUUUAAUCAAUCUACACACAACACCCCAUAUUGACAAAGCAAAAACGGGUUUU